AAUACAUACACACGUGCGGAAACGUCAAAGGUGUAAACAACAUAACCUCUACACGUACCUCUUUUAUAGUUGAAUUUGUUUGUUUCCUAGUAAAUUCAAUAACUAAAGAAAAUGAAGAUUAAAAAGCAACACCGCAAAAAGAAGUAUUUGCAUAAAUUGAACAGGAAACGAAUGCACCUAAAACAGAAGAGUACUGGUGAAGUUACUGUGAAAGCUAUUAAGGAUGCAUGGGACAGCAGAAAGUCGACUCAACGGAAUCUAACAGAGAUGGGUUUAGCAAAUGAUCCUAACAAAGUAAUCAAAAUACCCAGUCAUAGGCAGGAAGUGCUUAAAAGGGCCAAGUCAAUGGUUGUCAACAGAGAUUCCGACUCAGAAGAAGAGGCUGUGUACAUCGCACCCAAGAAGGAAGUUGCUGAACAACUGGAGAAAGAAGCUAGAGCUCCUAAAGAAAGGAGGUUUAAGCUACCAAAAGGGCAGGUGGAAUUCAUAACCUACUUACUAGACAAAUAUGGCCACGACUACAAGGCUAUGGCUAAAGACAAGAAGAACUACUAUCAAGAAACCUGGAAACAGCUGAGGGCCAAGGUGAAAACCUUCAUGGGGAUUCCCCAACAAUAUGCUGCAUACUUGGAGGAACGAGGUCUACUUGACAAAGAGGUUGACGAAAAAGAAUUGAAGAAACAAGCUCAGGCUUUAAUUAUGGAUGAUAGUGAUUAGGUCUUCUAAGAUAAUUAAUUUUAAGGUAAUAUCUUUGGAUAUGAUAUGUUUUGUUACUGUAUUAUCAUUUGUUUCUUUAUGGACCUUAUGAUGCUUUAGUGGAACAUUAAAUUUGUCUGAUAAUUAAUUCAGGUAAUUAGGUAUAAGACUGUAAAUAAAGUAAACAUAAACAUA